UCCAGCCAGUCUCACACCAACCGGCGACCGGAGACGGCGUGCUUUCCAAUUCCAAAUUUUAAAUUUAGUUCGAUAUUCAAAAUGUACAGUUUAACGGUUGUAGGGGUGUUGUUGGCGGUUUGUGGGGGUGCAUUCAGCCACAGUUACCACCUGGGCGCGUGUCCCGUGGUGGAGCCCAUGUCUGGGUUCGAAAUGAACAAGAUGCUGGGCCUAUGGUACGUGAUCCAGAAGACGUCGACGGCCUCUCACUGCCUCACCUACAACUUCACGAAGACGGACGAGCCGUACAGAUACGAACUGGAACAGUCUUCUCAGCACUUCAUCCUGGGACUGACGCCUCUUAAGCAUGACUAUAGGUAUACUGGAGUACUAACAGUCCCGGAUCCCGCGGUGCCAGCAAGAAUGAAAGUCAGGUUCCCACUCAGCGUAGCCGGUUCAGCAAGUUUCACAGUCCUGAUGACUGACUACUCCACCCACGCUGUCGUCUUCACGUGCCAGAAGCUUGCGUUCGCACACCGCAGGUCUGCCACCAUCCUCUCAAGGACCAAGGAGCUCGACAGGAUUUACUUGGACAAGAUGCGCAACAGGUUGGCGUCUUUCGGCGUGGACCCGUACGACCUGUCCAUCAUCUCCCAGAGCGAGUGCCCCACCCACAAGAACGGCUCGGAAGGCGUCAACAUCAACAUCGACCCUGAGACCUUCAGCUCGCACAACAUCGGACAGGCUGUCAGGAAGACUGGCUCCGCUAUCGCUGACGGAGUGGAGUACGUGGUAGAGGCCGGUAAGACCGUGUACCACAAGGUGGCGAGCAGCAAGGAGGACCUCACGGAGUCCCCCGCCGGCCGCUCGCACUCCCUCAAAGACGACGCCGAAUGGUUGCCUUGAAUCUCCUAGGUUUACUUCUCAAGUACAAGUAGCUGUAGCGUGAAACAUAACUAAUACAUAUUGACUGAAACUCCACCUUUAAGGCUACUAUUUUAACCAUCCUUUUUUUAAUGAAUUUAACAGAAAAUGUCAAUGUUGUAUCCAUCAGAAAUAGUAGUCUUAAACAAACAAAAUAACGUGCCUUCAACUGUUGGCUAAGCAAUAAUAUAUAAGCUUAAUGUUUUCUCUCCCCAUUUGUACUGUAUAAGACGAAAUGCAUUUUAUAUUGUUUUGUAAUUAUACUUCGGCCGUUCAGAGAAUGCGUUCCUGACACCUAUCAGUUAGCCACGACUAGUGAUGGGCACAACAUAACACUGAGUUCGUUACCGUUCCUCCAAAAUGAACCGCCGCAUUAUUUUAAUAUUAUUUUCGUUUUAAAUUUGGCAGAAUCAUUUAAAAUUUAUAUUUUAGUUAAAAAUAUAUAAUAAAAUUGUAAUUGUGUGUUGUAAAUAUAUAUUCAUAUAAUAAAAUUAUUCUUUAUUACAAAGUUACAAUCUCUAUUUCUAUGCAAUAAAGUAAGUACAUUGAAUUAAAUGUGCGUACAGAAUAUUAUUCAGACUCCGAUCCGAUCCGAUCCGAUUCCUGUGUAAGAACAAAUUACGAUACUUGCCUGGUUUUUUAGCACAGCACUACAAAAUAUAAAGCGCUGACAUAACCUUGUAAUAGCGCAGUAUAGAUUUAGAAAAAUAUUGUUUACCAAGUUAUUUAUAUACCAAGAGUGCCAUUGAUUGAUUAUUGAUAUAAUAAUGUUGUUUUAAUACUCUUCAAUUGUUAAAACGGUAAACAACCAGCAAAAAUAUUUUUAUCGUAACUGCAACGCCAUUACAAAGUUACGUCGUCAGUUCAAUCGCGAUGUGUCAGGAACGCAUUCUCUGAACGGCCGAACUAUAGAGUGAUUGAGAUAAAUACUCGUAGAGGUAGGUCUACAUUAUGAAGUUAUCAUGUCCAUAGAAAUUAUGGCCAGGACUUUGGAAAGUUUGGAGAAAUUAUAUAUUUUUUUAAUGAAAAAAUGUUGAAUAUGUCCCUGGCCUGUUUUCAGUAGCUCACCCUAACGAGUCGUGACAUCAGUAUGAAUGUGUACUCAUGUCGAAUGAAUGUGAAUGUGUGAUCUAUGUGUAAGACUGUAAAACCAUAAUUUAAUUUAAUAUUACAAUAAAAUUAAAAGAAUAAAUCGCAAUACAUUUCUAUUAUUUUUUAAAUGGACCAACUAAUGACCAAGACAGAUGAGCGAAAUAAAAACUAGAGUUCUAAUAUUAUUUGCGGUUUAUUUUUUUAAAUAAUGAGAUGGUCGUUUUAGUUUAUUAUCAAACCAAAGGAUAACUACCACGAAUGCCUUACCUAUGUAUCAUAUCUUUGUACUAUUUGUAAAUGCAAUCAAUAAUUUUACACAAUAAAGAAAUUAAUUUUA